UGCACUGCACAGAUAGUCACCUCCAGGAGGGCACAGGACAGCGUGAUACCAACCGCUCCCUCCCGGCGACUGCAAACAGGGUGCAGCCUUCAUGAUACCUCCGCACCUCUUGGAGUAAACCCAGAAGACGGCACAGGGGAGGAACAACGGAGUGUUAGCGAGGAGUCAUAAUGAGAACAUAAUAAUAGUAACAGGAGUUCGUCUCUCCAGCUUCCGGGUGGCGUGUGAUCCGCCUCUUGUCUCAGCCGAUCACUGCGAUCUCUUAUCCCCCUCUCACCUGCACCUGGCCGUGCUAAUACCCCUGCCCGUGCCCUGCUUACAGCCCUGCCAUGGAUGGGCUCAGGAGGAGAGGAGCCGAGGAACCUGAACAGGACUACAGUGACAAAGAACCAGUCGUAGAUGACAAGUUUGUGGAAGGAGAGGCCAACACUCCAUCUGAGGCCCCAGAUGUCCCUCCCUCAUCUGACAGCACUCCAAAGGUCCUCAAAGGGGUUCUGUCUGGUCUGUCUUCAAGGUGGAAAAACUGGUGGAUCCGUGGGAUCUUUAGUUUAUCGAUGAUAUCAUUGUUUUUUUUGCUCAUUUACAUGGGGCCAAUCAUGCUGAUACUUUUGGUAUCUGCUAUUCAAGUGAAAUGCUACCAUGAAAUAAUCUCCAUUGGGCACAGAGUAUACAAAUCCUAUGAACUUCCAUGGUUCAGGACCCUGAGCUGGUACUUCUUAUUGUGUGUUAACUACUUUUUCUAUGGAGAGACCUUGGCUGAUUACUUUGCAACCUAUGUACAGAGAGAGGAGUUGCUGCAGUUUCUCGUUCGCUACCAUCGGUUCAUAUCAUUUGCAUUAUAUCUUAUAGGUUUCUGCAUGUUUGUAAUCAGCUUAGUGAAGAAACAAUAUCGCCUGCAAUUUUACAUGUUUGGAUGGACACAUGUCACUCUGCUGAUCACGGUCACUCAAUCUCAUCUAGUCAUCCAAAAUCUGUUUGAUGGAAUGAUCUGGUUUUUAGUUCCAGCAUGCAUUGUUAUCUGCAAUGAUAUAAUGGCCUACCUGUUUGGGUUCUUUUUUGGCAGGACUCCAUUAAUUAAGUUGUCUCCAAAAAAGACCUGGGAAGGGUUUAUUGGAGGCUUCUUCCUGACCGUCGUAUUUGGAUUUAUUUUUGCCUACAUCUUGGCACAGUUUCAGUAUUUUGUGUGUCCUCUGGAAUAUAACGGUGAAACAAACAGCUUCUCCGCUGAGUGUGAGCCGUCUGACAUCUUCAGAAUCCACAGUUACUCUGUUCCUCCAUUUCUGCAAGUUGUCCUUGGAAAGACUGUAAGGAUGUACCCAUUCCAGAUUCACAGUAUUGCACUGUCGACCUUUGGAUCCUUGAUUGGACCAUUUGGUGGCUUCUUUGCCAGUGGCUUUAAGAGAGCCUUCAAAAUUAAGGACUUUGCUGAUACUAUUCCUGGGCACGGAGGUAUCAUGGAUCGUUUUGACUGUCAGUACUUAAUGGCUACCUUUGUCCAUGUGUACAUCACAAGUUUUAUAAGGGGUCCUAACCCAAGCAAAGUUCUGCAGCAGCUACUUGUUUUACAACCUGAACAACAGAUCAACAUCUACAAGACCUUGAAGGCUUAUUUGAUUGAGAAAGGGCUCAUCCAAGCAGCUGUUCCUGACCUAUAACUAAACCCACAUGACUGA